CAAAUGAGUAACAUAUUCGAGACGCAAGAUGAAGGUGGUAAGUUAAAAGGAAAAUACUCAUCGAAAUAAGUAUAAAUAUAUUAAAAAUUAUUAAUUUUUUAGUAGAGAUUCCAAUCGUUGAGAGGAUUGAGCGGCGCCAAUAUUCAGUGGGAACAUCAAGAACGCAACAAAACUCAGGUCAUUUUUAACAUAAAGCUUCUAAAAAAAUAUACUAUAUAUUAACUUUUUAAAUUUAAGAUAUACUUGAAGCGUUAAAAACGAUCAUUGCGGGCCAAAAAAAUAUUCAGGAAAGGCUGGAAAAAUUGGAGGAAAAUAUAUGUAUAACUUUGCAGAACCAAAAAACGCUUAGUGAAGGCCAAUCGUCACUGGUUCACAACCAAACUGCAAUAUUUGAAAAACUGAAUGAGAUGGAGUCGAAAAUUGUCGAAAAGGCUGAGGUUUUGGCGCAAAAUAAGUCAAUCAGAGAAUGCAAAGUUCUCUUAAAACGAGUUGAGCAGUCAGUGUGCCGCAUGACCGGCGAAGUGACUGAUAAAGAGCUGGACGACGUCGCUAGCACUUUUCCGAUGCAGUCGCAAGCAACAGUUGCGGAAGUGGAAGAUAGACUGCAAAGCCAAAACUAUGCCCAAGCAAUGACUACAUUCCUCCACAAACUUAAAGGCGCCAGUGAUAAUGUGGCUGACGUAAUACCUAAGGUUUUCUCAGAUGAGCUCAUGGAAGGUUAUAAUUGGGAUGGCAGAUGGAGCAAGAAAUCCCUAUGCAAGUUGGCGCUGGUUGAUACCAUUUUAAGAAAUGUGUUUCAACAACAAGGAUGUAGGAGUUUUGAGCAAAAUAUAAAGCGGUCAAUACUGCUCAGCCAUCACAGGUUAAAGCAGCGUAGUUAUUUAAAAAAAAGGAAACAAUAAUUACAUUUAAAAACUAAACAAAUUAAAACCA